AAAACUUAUUGGCAGUCAGUCAAAGAUCGUUCAAAGAUUUCUGCUUCUUUCUCUCUCCAAAGCCCACUUCUUCUCUCUCGCACUUCAUGGAGAGACCAGACUCAGACAACGAAAGAAGGAGAACACUGGCGAAGAACAAAGGGGCGGUACUCCAGUGCGCACCCCGGCGCAUGUUAGCGUUGCCUGCACCGCCGCUUCCCGUUCCUCCUCAUGCGUUGAACCAGGCAAAGGUAGCAACCGUAGCCGUCGAUUUAAACGUACGGCUGAGAUCAGCCGAUAUGCCCCCUUCAAUGCAAGAGCGUGUGAUCAGACACGCUAGAGCUCUUCUCGACUCCAACUCCAACGACAAGAAGCUCAAUCCUACACACUUAGCUUUGUGCAUUAAAAAGGAAUUUGAUGCAGUGUACGGUCCGGCAUGGCACUGUAUUGUGGGGAAGAGUUUUGGGUCGUUUGUGACGCAUUCGAGGGGCGGAUUUGUAUAUUUUUCGAUGGACAAGCUUUGCUUUCUGCUGUUCAAAACAGAGGUUCGUCCAGUUGCUAAAAAGUCUCCAUUGUUGCUCCAGUCGAACACCGGUAAAGCUAAAUGUUGAAUUGUUUUUGUUUUUUAUUAACAAUGGAAGGGAUUUGAAGUGUUUAACAGAUGUUAGAAUGGAAUUCCUCUGGAAUUACAUGGAAUUUCAUCAAUUAAAUUUUUUGUCUUUGAAAU